UGGAUGGUCCGGAGUGGCCAGCUGACGUAAGUACUCGUCUCUGAUUGGCUAUGUUCAUAGAGUGUUUCAAGAUGGCUGCUACCAUGGUGGAACAUGUUGUUGCUGAUGCUGGAGCUUUCUUGAAAAAAGCACCAUUGCAGGAUAUAGGGAAGAACGUCUACACUCUGAAGGAGGUUGUGGAUGAAAUCCGGGAUAAACAAACGAGGAGGAGCCUGGCUUUUCUCCCAUAUAAACUAAAUUUUAAGGAGCCCUUUCCUGAGCAUAUAAGAUUCGUGACCGAGUUUUCCAAAAAGACAGGAGACUACCCCAGUCUCUCAGCCACAGACAUCAAGGUCUUGGCUUUAACCUAUCAACUGGAGGCAGAAAAUGUUGGGGAUGCUCACUUAAAGAAGGAACCUGAAGUUAAAGUGAAUGUGUCCACCACGCCACGCCACCCUGAAGCCCCAGUAGACAUUGCUGGGUUCCAUCUGCCCUCACAGAAACCCCCAGAGAAGUCCGAGGCUCCCUCCCUGAGCUCCUCGGCUCUAGAGAAUACAGAAUUCAACAGCUUCCUCUUCUGGAGAAACCCACUGCCCAGCAUCGAGGCAGACCUGCUGGAGCUUCUGAGCGCUGAAACCGUCUCAACAGCCCACAGCCCUGGGGCAGUGACUGAAAGCCCACAGUCAGUAGAUCUCUCCCCUGGGGGGCCUGCUGGGGGCAGUGGCUCAGAGGGAGAGUGUGAGGAGGAGGAGGAGGAAGAUGAUGAUGAUGAUGAUGGUGGUGAUGAUGGUGGUGGAGGCUGGAUCACGCCCAGCAACAUCAAACAGGUCCAGCUUGACGUGGGGAACUGGGAGUCUCCUGCAGAUGUUAAAGUGGGCUGCAUGACCACAGAUUUUGCAAUGCAGAACGUUCUGAUCCAGAUCGGCCUUCACGUCCUCUCUAUAAACGGGAUGCUGAUCAAACACAGCAGGAGCUACGUCCUACGCUGCCACGCCUGCUUCAAGACCACGACAAACAUGAACAAGGCGUUUUGCCCUCACUGCGGGAACAAGACUCUGAAGAAGAUCGCAGUGACGAUAAAGGAGGAUGGGAGCCUCCAGAUGCACUUCUCCAAGAACCCCAAAGUGCUGAACCCACGAGGAAUGAGGUACUCCUUGCCGAAGCCGCAGGGAGGUAAACACGGCAGCAACCCCCAGCUGGUGGAGGACCAGCACUUCCCCCAGCAGCGGCUGUCGCGCAAGGCCCGGCAGAAGACGGACGUCUUCGACCCCGACUACGUGGCCGGGGGCUCGCCCUUCGCGGAGAACGACAUCUACAGCCGGGCGGCCGGCCUGCAGCUGCGGGACGCCCACACCGGCGGGGGCAGGCGCCGAGCCAACCCCAACGCCGCCCGCAAGAAAUUCGUCAAGAAGAAAUAACCCCCCGUCCCCGUCCCCUGUCGGUUCUGCCGUCUUUAAGUCAAGCACACCUGCCUUGUGUGGACAACACAGAGACCAGGGUUCACAAGGCCAACGUUUCCUCAACAAGACCAGCUCCCGUUAUGACAAAUAAGCAUACGCCCUAAAGCAGAGGUCUCCUUGGCCUGUCCAAGUGUAUGCAUUAGUACUGGUGUAAACCAUAUUAAAAUAAAACAAUUUACUUAAAUAACAUGUUCAAAUUACAACUCUUAACAAAAACGUGCUGUAAAGCUGUUGUCACAUCAGCUUGUAUUAUCUGCACUUUCAGGAAAAACAAAACAAAAACAACUUUUGAUACCCCACAUUAAAAUUUCUAACUGAAGUCUGUUGUUGAAGUAAUAUUUCCUUUCUUAGGCUAUCUGAUUGCUUACCUGUGUUCAGUGCAAUAGUUUUAAGCUAACAUAUAACUACUCAAGCAUAACUGUAAACUGUACAGGAUUGUCAUCAUGUGCAAUAAACACCCUUUAUUGGUUAAA